UCAGAACGUCGACCACCUGCAAGCAACCCAGAGAUCGCGAGUUCACUUCUUCCUACCCACCGCCAGCACAUAUAUUCUCCUUAAUACAUGCUGCGUAGCAUGGUUCUCAACUCGAUCAUCGACGACGACGCGGAGUCGGCCCCGCCGUUCAGUCGGCUGCUCAGCUCUUUCCUGGGUUCUCCCUUCAUUACAACCUCUGAUCUCCCACCUUCCGACUUAUCUCUCAUACGGCGACUCGAUGCCGGAGCAGACCUCGAGGCUGUCGAUGGUGCCUUCGCCGCGGUGCCACGCGCGGAGACGGUCACUCGACCCGCUUCGCCGACGCCCAGCUUCGCCACAGACACCUACUCGCUGAUCAACUGGACAGAGAAGGGCGAUUGGGCCUCGGCACAGCCACGACCAUCCUUAUCAGACUCUGCCCCGAGCUGCUCACUCCUCCCCUCUGGCUCUAGACGUUCGGCGUCGUACACGUACUCCUACGCUUCGCCCUCGACGCCCUUCAACUCGUUCCGGAUAUCGAACUCAAGCAGCCCCAAGGGCUCCCGCAACUUCAAUCUGCUGCCACGACUCUGGGAGGCCCUGCGCGACUCGUCGCCUGCGAGGAAGGGCAAGCGACGAUUCGACAUCGCCUCAGACGACCUCUGGACCGAGUUCGGGGGGAACGGCUACAUCGAUUAUGCGAACCUACCCCCACUUGACGGCGAAGAGGGAGAACUAAUCGACGAUGAGGCAUGUUUCAUCGAUGUCAGAGCUGUUACAGGCCUGGAUAUCAUUGCCAAUAUCCCAGAUGAACUGGCCUUGCACCUGCUUUCCUUCCUUGACCUUCCCGACAUCGUCGCAUGUCUACGCGUAUCAAGAACAUGGGGUAGACUGGCCUCGGAUAACGCAGUAUGGCGUUCACUGUUUGCACGGAAACGAGGCUCGGGCUGGUUGCUUGACCUCCGUCGGCUGAGGUACCCCGCGCUGUCUGCUUCGGCUGCGAUCUUACCUCCGCAAGAUCUAAGUAGAAGUCGCACGUUCGAGCUCCCCGCUCCUCUUGAACUAGAUUGGUACAACCUCUACAAGAGUCGAGCUGAGCUUGACCACAGAUGGUCUGCCAGUCCAUUCACUGGCAGGAACGGCGAAGACAAGGAGAAUGCAAAGGCUUGGGAACCCCGCAUUAGGAGGAUGCUUGGACACACAGAUAGUGUGUACUGCCUCGAGUUCGACUCUUCCCGAAUCAUCACUGGGUCACGCGACCGCACUAUCAAAGUUUGGAGUCUCAAGACCGGCCGCUGCUUGGCCACGUUCAUAGGUCAUGGAGGAAGCGUGCUCUGCCUAAAGUUCGAGCACGACUUCGAUCUCGACGACACCAAUGCCCUGCCCGAGGGCCAGGGUUGGAAGAAGGGCAUGAUGGUCAGCGGGUCGAGCGACUGCACCGUCGUCGUUUGGAAUCUCUACUCUUAUCCUGCGACUGACGAUGGCGACGACGAGUUCACCACGGUUGCUGAGGUGCGGGGUAUUCUUCGUGGCCAUACCGGAGGUGUUCUCGAUCUUCGCAUCGAGAAUAACUGGAUUAUCAGCUGUGGCAAAGACGCGGCUGUGCUGGUGUGGGACCGCUCGACGCUGACUCUACACCGUGCGUUCCGCGGCCAUGACGGUCCGGUGAAUGCUGUCGGUGUACAGGGCAAUCGGCUGGCAAGCGCCAGUGGUGAUGGCAAGAUGAUCCUCUGGGACAUGUCUACUGGAGAGCGUCUACGGACAUUCGAUGCCCACGACCGCGGGCUCGCUUGCAUUGAGUUCAAGGGUGACCUGAUUGUCUCGGGCUCGAACGAUUGCAAGAUCAAAGUCUGGAGCGCCUCCACUGGGGAAUGCUUGCGGACCCUCACUGGGCACGACAUGCUUGUUCGCACGCUGUCUUACGACCCGUUCAGCGGUCGACUCGUCAGUGGCAGCUACGAUCGUAGCAUCAAGGUCUGGGAUGUGCAGACCGGCAAAGUCGUUCGCGAGUUCCGCGGGCUGCAUUACAGCCAUAUCUUUGACAUCAAGUUUAACUGCUGUCGGAUCGUUAGCGUCUCUCAUGAUCAACAGAUUGUCGUUCUUGAUUUCACGGAUGGCCUCGAUACUUCACUUUUCAUCUAAGCCGCCUCCGCAGCGCUUUCUAUCCCUCGCUUUCCGUCUUUCAUUCUCUCACAUGAACUCAUCGGAACUGUAAUUUUAUAGCUCCAUAUUCACGCGGAGUCUUUCUAAUACCGACCACCCAUCCAUAAUGUGCGCAACCUUAACGCAACUUUGGCUUUCUUGUAUCAUCGGACCUGCAGCAAGGCUUGGAUUUCUGGCUUGUUACAUAAUUCUCCAUGUAUCACGUACGACUGUGUCUCUGUAGCUGUUAAAUAUAUUGCUCCCGAUCGUUUUCG